CUCCUUCCCCGCUGCGUUUCGCAGCUGUCACGCAUCUCCCUGUUAGUGUUACCGCCCCCUGGGCCCGUAAGCAACAUGAGAGUAGUGGCUUUAAUCAGUGGUGGGAAGGACAGCUGUUAUAAUAUGAUGCAGUGUGUUGCUGCUGGGCAUCAGAUUGUUGCUCUAGCCAAUUUAAGACCUGCCGAAAACACAGGGCAGACUGAUGAACUGGACAGCUACAUGUAUCAGACAGUUGGACACCAUGCCAUUGACCUAUAUGCUGAUGCAUUGGAUUUGCCACUCUAUCGUGGUUUCAUAAAGGGUACCAGUGUAAAUACUGGAAGAGUGUAUACCACAUGUCAGGAAGAUGAGGUUGAGGACCUUUACCGCCUCAUGAAACUUGUUAAGGACAAAGAAGGAGUGGAGGGUGUAUCUGUGGGAGCCAUUCUUUCUGACUACCAGAGAGUUCGAGUUGAAGAUGUAUGCAGAAGGCUUAAGCUUCAGCCUUUAGCUUACCUUUGGCGUCGGAACCAGGAAAUACUGCUUAGAGAAAUGAUAUCAUCUAACAUUGAAGCCAUAAUCAUAAAAGUGGCAGCUUUUGGUUUAGAUCCAGAUAAGCAUCUAGGAAAAACACUGGAUGAAAUGGAACCUUAUCUUUUGGAGCUUUCUGAGAAAUAUGGAGUCCAUGUUUGCGGAGAAGGUGGAGAAUAUGAAACAUUCACUUUGGACUGCCCUCUGUUUAAGAAGAAAAUAGUUGUAGAUUCAUCCAAGGUGGUUGUGCAUUCGGCUGAUGCAUUUGCACCUGUGGCCUACCUUCAUUUUUUAAAAUUACACCUGGAGAAUAAGCAGGGGGAAUCUUCAGGUACAUUUAUGGUCAGUAGUUGUUCUUGUGAGGUAAGCUGCAAUGAUGACAAUAUUUUCCCUUCAUCGGAAGAGGAUGAACCACAGAAAAACAUUCCAGUCAUCUGGAAGUCUUUGAAACAUAAUUCUUUGGAUUGCACUAACACAUUCGGAAGUUCAGGAAAAUCCCUGAGUGGUUACCAGUGGUUUUCAGGUAUCACUGCUCACUUCCUUCCAUCAAAAGGCAAAAAUGCUCAAGAGGCAGCAAGGGAAGCAUUUUCUUCUCUCCGAGCUAAUAUGACUUCAGAGGGAUUGAAACUGAAGGAUAUUGUUUUGGUUCAUCUGUAUAUGAAGAGCAUGAAAGAUUUCAAUAUUAUAAAUUCGGUUUAUGUGACAGAAUUUGAUUUGUGUCCACCAGCAAGAGUAUGUGUGGAAACCCUGUUACCUGAUGGAGUACUGUUUUGCAUUGACUGCCUUGCACAUAAGUAUGACAUUGCAAUGGAUGAUGUGUUAAGCAAUGAAAAACUGGUCAUGCAUGUACAGAGCAUUUCCCACUGGGCACCUGCUAGCAUAGGACCUUACAGUCAGUCCAUCAAGGUUGGAGAUGUUCUCUACUGUGCUGGACAGAUUGCUCUAGUACCUUGUACGAUGCAGCUUGUUAGCGGUGGCAUAUGGACUGAGGCCAUAGUUUCCCUCUGUCAUGUUGAGCGAGUUCUUCAAGCUAUGAGCCAGAAGACUGCUCUCCACCACGUCAUCACAGCCAGCUGCUAUGUAACUGACAGCAAGCACAUUCCUAUCGCACGCUCUAUAUGGCAGAAGAAAUUAAGUGAAUGUAAAAAGGUUGAAGAUUCAGAGACGCAUCAUGAUGUAACUACAGUGUGUGGGUUGCUUGCUGUGGUUGUAAUAUCUCACCUACCCAGAGAUGCUGGCAUUGAAUGGCAUGCUGUUGCAGUAGUUGAUGAUCCACUCCAAAGAAAACAUUUUGCAAUGAAGAUGUUGUCAGAGGGCUUCCAAAUUGAGUGUGAAUCUGUGGAGUCUAGUUCUGCAUCUUGUGCAUCAAUCUCUGUACGUCUGAGCUUGAUUUCACCAUCCCCUUCUCAGCUUGAUUUAGAUGGACCUCUUCAUGACUUAGUUGCUAUGUUUAGACAAGCUGUUGAGAAACUUUCAGAAGACUGCAGUGCAAGUCCUUUGUCUUUUAGAGCUUUCUUCAAGGAGGAAGUCUUUGAUGCUGAAACACUGCAGACAGGACUGCAAGAAUACCUGGAAAAAUAUUUCAGCAAGAAUACCCCCGCUCUGAUUUUAGCACCAGUGGUGGAUUUACCUGGCAAGGAAGUUAUUCAUGUGACAUGCUGGCUAAGCUAGCAGUUCAAAAGAGAUGAGUUGAUAGCAAGACACACAUUCCAUCCAAGAAAGAACGAAGAAAGGAAUUGAUCAUAACUGUGUUGGAUACUUUCAUUAAGCAAUAUUGUUUGA